UAUUUAAUGGCGAUUAUGUCUGACAUAGAUGAAGCGCUUCCUGUUUACGUGUUCCUUCAACGUUCCAACGUAUCCGAUUACAUUGGAAGCCCCUUCGGGUCUUGGAUACAAUUUUUUCUAUGUAAAAUGAUAAUGGCCGGCGAGCGGGAGCAUCAGACAUCAUCAUCGAGAAAAAACCGACUUUUCACGCCCGUAAGACAAGACUCGUCGCGCGCCGACAGGUGUGUAAAAUUAUUUAACUCGCCGGAUCAAAUUCAGUCGUUCCUCCCUCAUGAUCUGUCCGAAACGCGAAAAGGUAGGUGUCAAAACUUCGAAGAUACCCAAAAGAAGCUGAGAAGUUUGGGAACCUUUGGGUUAAAGGAAGCAAAUUGA